CUUUGCAACCUGAUGGUGUAAACCUAUGAUAAUUCAAAACUAAACUUAUUUGAUUGAACAGAGUUUAUUUUGUGUAAGGCAAAAACUUAAUUUAUUUAUUUAAAUAAUAUGAUAAUGCAUUUAGUAACAUUUGAAGAACAUUUUAAAAUAAAAUUCUACUUUUUCAGAUAUAUUUAGAUUGGAGACAGCAAACCUGUAAAAUAAGAAUUCCUAUUCUGUUUAAAAAUCUUGAGAUUGAAGAAAAGAAAACUACAGAUUUUUAAUCAUCUUAUUUAAAAUUUAAUCUGAUUCCAUCAUGGAUGAUAAUUCUAAAUCUGGAGAGAAAACACAUCCCUGCAGUAUUUGUAAUAAGAUGUUUAGAUAUAAAUCUUCCCUGAAUAUACACCUGAGAUCUCAUACUGGAGAGAAACCAUAUUCAUGUGAUAUUUGUGAUAAAGCAUUUAGUUUUACUAGUAGUCUAAAGAGCCACAUGAACUCUCACACUCAGGAGAAACCUUUCACUUGCAGUACUUGUGACAAAGGAUUCGCUCUGAAGGCCAACCUAAAAACACACAUGAGAUCUCAUACUGGAGAGAAACCAUAUUCAUGUGAUAUUUGUAAGAAAGGAUUUAGCCGAGCUGAUAACUUGAAAAGCCACAUGAUUUCUCACACUCUGAAGGCCAACCUAAAAACACACAUGAGAUCUCAUACUGGAGAGAAACCUUUUAUUUGCAGUAUUUGUCAGAAAGGUUUUGCCAGUAGUUCUAAAUUAAAGAUACACCUGAGAUGUCAUACUGGAGAGAAACCAUAUCUAUGUGGUAUUUGUGACAAAGACAUUUCAGAUUUGAACAAUGGGGAGAAAGAAGAAUAUUACAUCAUGGAUGAUAAUUCUAAAUCUGUAGAGAAAACACAUCCCUGCAGUAUUUGUAAUAAGAUGUUUAGAUAUAAAUCUUCCCUGAAUAGACACAUGAGAUCUCAUACUGGAGAGAAACCAUAUUCAUGUGAUAUUUGUGAUAAAGCAUUUAGUUUUACUAGUAGUCUAAAAAGCCACAUGAACUCUCACACUCAGGAGAAACCUUUCACUUGCAGUACUUGUGACAAAGGAUUCGCUCUGAAGGCCAACCUAAAAACACACAUGAGAUCUCAUACUGGAGAGAAACCAUAUUCAUGUGAUAUUUGUAAGAAAGGAUUUAGCCGAGCUGAUAACUUGAAAAGCCACAUCAACUCUCACACUCAGGAGAAACUAUUUGUCUGCAGUAUUUGUGACAAGGGAUUCGCUCAGAAUGUUUAUCUAAAAACACACAUGAGAUCUCAUACUGGAGAAAACCCAUAUUCAUGUUAUAUUUGUGAUCAAGCAUUCAGCCAAACUAGUAAUCUUAAACGCCAUAUUAACUCUCACACUCAGGAGAAACCUUUCACUUGCAGUAUUUGUGACAAAGGAUUCGCUCAGAAGGUUUAUCUCAAAACACACAUGAGGUAUCAUACUGGAGAGAAACCAUAUUCAUGUCGUAUUUGUGAUCAAGCAUUUAGUCAACCUAGUAAUCUAAAACGCCAUAUUAACUCUCACUCUCGGAAGAAAAAAAGAUUUGCUCUGAAGGUCAACAUUUGACAUACCACAUGAACACUCACAGCUAAGAGAAACAUCUUUAUCUGCAGUAUUUGCAGGUAUAAAUGACGUUAGCUAGCUGUCUGAAAGUACAUUUGAUAAAUUACAGUGGAGUAAAACUGGUGAACAUUUGUGAAAAUCGACAAUUGUGGAAAUUAACGUCUUUUUAUGCUUAUUAGAACUUCCCUUGUCUGUUAUAAAAGUUAAAAGGGAUUUAAAAAGAAAAUUUUAUUUCAAAAUUGUAAGCUGAAUUCAUUAUGUUUAUUUUUAAAUAAAGAUUGUACCUUCCUCACUA